UCGCGCUUCAGUGCGUUGCCAAGCUUCAAAGCGUAUAGAUGGGGAUCGGUUCCGUGUUUUUUUUCGCAGCCGGCCUGCUGCUCUUCCUCCUCCCGCUUUCAAAACAACAAGCUCCAACGAGAAACACUGGAUCCCAGUGGCGCGACGAUGAGGUCCAUUUCAACCGCACCCUGGACUCCAUUUUGGUGCCACGCGUCGUUGGUAGUCGGGGACACCAACAGGUGCGCGAGUACCUAGUUCAAGCGCUGAACGGCCUUGGCUUCCAAACGGAAGUGGAUGAAUUCAAGCAGCGAGUUCCAGUUCUCGGAGAGCUUACGUUCGCCAAUGUUGUGGGUACUAUAAAUCCCCAAGCUCAGAAUUUUCUAGCUCUAGCCUGUCAUUACGACAGUAAGUACUUCCCCAAUGAUCCGGGAUUUGUGGGAGCCACAGAUUCCGCUGUGCCUUGUGCCAUUCUGCUGAACACAGCCAAGACCUUGAGUGGGUAUCUGCAGAAAGAGUUUCGCAAUCGCAACGACGUGGGACUUAUGCUCAUAUUCUUCGAUGGCGAGGAGGCUUUUAAGGACUGGACCGAGGCCGACUCCGUGUAUGGUUCAAAGCAUCUGGCCUCAAAGUUGGCCAAAACCCGCAGUGGUUCCCAAUCUAGCGGCCAAGUUCAACUUGCUCCACGCAAUAUAGAUCGAAUCGAAGUGCUGGUGCUGCUGGAUCUUAUUGGGGCGCGGAAUCCUAAGUUCUCGAGUUUUUAUGAGAACACACAUGGACUGCACUCCAGUCUUGUGCAGAUUGAGAAGUCUUUGCGCACUGCUGGGCAGCUGGAGGGCAAUAACAAAAUGUUUUUAAGUCAAGUUAGCGGUGGUCUAGUCGAUGACGAUCAUCGUCCGUUUUUAGAUGAGAAUGUUCCUGUGCUGCACUUGGUGGCCACUCCUUUCCCAGAUGUUUGGCACACACCUCGAGAUAAUGCCGCCAAUCUACACUGGCCGUCCAUACGCAAUUUUAACCGUAUAUUCCGAAAUUUUGUCUACGAAUAUCUUAAAAGGCACACGUCACCAGUGGAUUUACGUUUUUAUCGAACUUAGUUUUUGGGUUGUCUUAUGUAUAAGAUUUAUUAAGCAUAAGUGUAAAGUGUUUUUUUGUUAAUUAAAAAAUGUCCUAAGGCAA